UCGCUGUCGGUGCAGCACUUCCUAGCGAUUGGCUCGAGCGUGUUUGUUGUUGGUCGUGACGUAUGAACCUCCGCUCUCACCAGGACCCUCCUGUUGUGCGUCGCCUCCGUCUGUGCGCUUGCAGAGAGCCACGGUCCGCACGUCAGUGUUUUUUUGGUUGUCAUGGCGGAGGGACGUGGAGAGCUAUUGCCCCAGCCGCCGCUUCACCUCUCUCUACCCCCGGCCAGCAAGCGUCCGUGUUUGCGUCCCGCUCCUCGAGGACCGGGUCCGGGGCCUGGUCCGGGAUUUCCGAACUCUCGCUUACGUUGCCCUGAAUCUCUACUGGACUGCGCUGCUAAGGCCGUAGCGGAGAAAUGGGCCUUCGAGAGGGUGGAGGAGCGCUUCGAGCGGAUCCCCGAACCAGUUCAACGUCGUAUCGUGUAUUGGUCUUUCCCGAGGAACGAAAGGGAAAUAUGUAUGUAUUCGUCGUUUCAGUGCCGAGUGGCAAGUGAAGAGGGUCCCGUAGUGGGCUCGAGCUCCUCCGUUGGAUCUGCUUCAGUUCCCGGAGGGGUGACGAACACAACCGGCAGCGCAGGGUCGGGGGGCACCGGAGAUGGACUGCCUUUCCGCCGGGGAAUACGGCUUUUGGAAACCGGUUGUGUGGACAAUGUCUUACAAGUCGGUUUUCACCUCAGUGGCACGGUCACGGAGCUGGCCACGCAAUCUGAGCCGGAGAUGACACACAAGGUGGCCAUUAGCUUCGACCGCUGUAAGAUCACUUCAGUGACAUGUGGAUGUGGCAACCGGGAUAUCUUCUAUUGUGCACACGUGGUGGCUCUCUCCCUAUACCGCAUCCGCAAACCCGAGCAAGUGAAACUGCGGCUGCCCAUCUCAGAGACACUUUUCCAGAUGAACCGAGACCAGCUGCAAAAGCUGGUGCAGUACCUUAUCACGGCCCACCACACAGAAGUGCUGCCCACAGCCCAGAAAUUGGCUGAUGAAAUCCUGUCCUCCAACUCCGAGAUCAACCAAGUACACGGGGCCCCGGAUCCCACUGCAGGAGCCAGUAUUGAUGAUGAGAACUGCUGGCACUUAGAUGAGGAGCAAGUGAGGGAGCAGGUCAAGCAGUUCCUCUCGCAGGGAGGUUACUAUGGCUCAGGCAAGCAGCUUAACUCCAUGUUUGCCAAGGUGAGGGAGAUGCUGCGGAUGCGGGACUCUAAUGGGGCGCGAAUGCUCACUCUCAUCACUGAGCAGUUUAUGGCUGACCCACGCCUGUCUCUAUGGCGACAACAGGGCACAGGCAUGACCGACAAAUGCCGACAACUCUGGGAUGAGCUAGGUGCGCUGUGGGUGUGUAUCGUGCUGAAUCCACACUGUAAGAGCGAAGAGAAGAGCGGCUGGCUGAGACAGCUAAAGAAGUGGGGAGACAUGGACAUCUGUCCUCUAGAGGAUGGCAAUUACGGCAGCGAGCUGCCCAACAUCACCAACGCUCUGCCACAGAGCAACCUGGCACAGGACUCACUGGCCCGGCCUAGGAGAACGGUUUUCACAAGAGCCAUGGAGGCCUGCGACCUGCACUGGCAGGAUAGUCACUUGCAGAGAAUCAUCAGUAGUGACUUCUAUAUGUCUCCAGCCUAUCAGAGAGAGGGAGAGAGCCUGCUCUUCAACCCCCAGGGUCUGCCACUGUGGUUGGAUCAUGUGCCUACAGCAUGUGCCAGGGUGGAUGCUCUGCGUUCCCAUGGUUACCCCCGGGAAGCCUUGCGACUGGCUGUUGCCAUAAUCAACACCCUCCGGCUCCAACAACAACGACAGUUAGACAUUUACAAGCAUCAGAAAAAAGAUCUGCUGCAAAGGGGAAUGACUAACACCACCAAUCUGGAGGGCUGGGUGGGCCACCCCCUCGACCCAAUCGGCUGCCUUUUUGCCACCCUCACGGAGACAUGCCGAGUAGAGGAUGAUAAUACCAUGGAUACUGGAGACUCUGGUGAGCCCAAGCCUCCAAUGUACCAGCAUGUGCCAGUGUGGGGAUGUCCAGACGGAGGGGAGUCGUACCUUGCGCUGGCGCUAGAGGUUGCUCUAAUGGGCAUGGGGCAGCAGCGGCUGAUGCCCGAAGGACUGUACGCCCAGGACAAGGUGUGCCGCAAUGAGGAGCAGAUUGUGGCCAAGUUACAGGAGAUGGAGCUGGAUGAUUUACUAGUGCAGACACUCCGCAAGCAAGCUAUCCUUCUUUUAGAAGGUGGUCCCUUCAGUGGUAUGGGUGAGGUCAUUCACAGGGAGAGCAUUCCCAUGCACACGUUUGCCAAGUACCUGUUCACUGCUCUCCUACCGCAUGACACAGACCUGGCAUACAAACUGGGCCUUCGUGCAAUGAGGCUUCCAGUGCUAGAGUCUACAGCUCCCUCAGGUGACAUUGGGCACCCUCACCAUGGCAUCUCCAUAGUGCCCAGCAGAUACCCACGCUGGUUCACACUGGGUCACCUGGAGUCUCAGCAAUGCGAGCUGGCUUCCACCAUGCUUACUGCUGCUAAGGGUGACAUGUUGAGAUUGCGGACUGUUUUGGAAGCCAUUCAGAAACACAUCCACUCCUCUUCCCUCAUCUUCAAACUGGCCCAGGAUGCCUUCAAGAUUGCCACUCCAGCAGAUAACCCUCCUGACAUCACUCUUCUCAAUGUAGCAUUGGAGCUCGGCCUUCAGGUGAUGAGAAUGACUCUUUCCACACUCAACUGGAGGCGGCGGGAGAUGGUUCGCUGGCUAGUCACAUGUGCUACUGAAGUCGGUCUGUGUCAAGCAAAAUCUACUCCAGUCCUUCCUGAUUUUAGUCUAAGAGCAUUGGUCAGCAUCUUACAGAGCUGGUACACUCUCUUCACCCCCACUGAAGCUACCAGUAUAGUGGCAGCGACAGUGAUGUCCCACAACACCAUCCUGCGCCUGAGCCUUGACUACCCGCAGCGGGAGGAGCUCGCCAGCUGUGCGCGCACUCUGGCCCUACAAUGCGCCAUGAAGGACCCCCAAAACUGCGCCCUGUCUGCCCUCACCCUCUGCGAGAAGGACCACAUCGCCUUUGAGACAGCAUAUCAGAUCGUCAUUGACGCCGCCUCCACAGGCAUGACCUACUCUCAGCUCUUCACCAUCGCCCGCUACAUGGAGCACCGCGGAUACCCCCUUCGAGCCUUCAAACUGGCAUCUCUCGCCAUGACCCACUUGAACCUGGCCUACAACCAAGACACGCAUCCGGCCAUCAACGACGUGCUGUGGGCUUGCGCCCUCAGCCACUCCCUGGGUAAAAAUGAGCUGGCCGCCAUCAUCCCCCUGGUGGUCAAGAGCGUUCACUGUGCCACAGUGCUAUCAGACAUUCUGCGCCGUUGUACCAUGACUGCCCCCGGUCUGGCCGGCAUACCUGGCAGGCGAAACUCGGGCAAGCUUAUGAGCACUGACAAAGCACCAUUAAGACAGCUACUGGAUGCUACCAUCAGCGCCUACAUCAACACCACCCACUCCCGCCUCACACACAUCAGCCCACGCCACUAUGGAGAGUUCAUAGAGUUCCUCAGUAAGGCACGCGAGACCUUCUUAUUGGCCCAAGAUGGCCACAUUCAGUUUGCCCAGUUUAUAGACAACCUCAAACAGAUCUAUAAGGGCAAAAAGAAACUCAUGAUGUUGGUACGGGAACGAUUUGGUUAAACCUCACCUGACGACAACAAGGGACUCGUUCUUCUUUCAUCAUUUAUUUAAGGCAUUAUUUUCUUGUACUAUUUUGUAAUCUUUUGUGAAUUUUUUUAGUUUUAUUUGUUUCUUUUCAUUUCUCAUUUUUAUUGUGAACAAUCCUUGUUCCCCAUGUCUUUCUACCAGGUGGACCCUGUGGAGGGGAGAACAAGUGUAAUUAUGAUAUUAUGUUUUUGUUUUGUUUUGGCUGGUUCUUGAUUUUGUUUAAUUGAGAUAUUGUGAUAAAAAUGUAAAAGUGGCACAUAAAGAGAAACCAAAUGAUUUUGUGGUAAAUUUGAGCUUGGGGUAUCCUCAUGGGUGAUGGUUAGUUUUGGAAGGACACUCGAAACAAAUGAUCAUUCCUAAAACACUCGCACACAGUGUUAAUGUAAUUCCUCGAUCGUAUUUUAAGGAUCAGCUUUAACUCUCUGAAAAAGGCCUGAUUUUAAGAAUAACCAUGGUGGGGUAAAGUGGCCGAGAUUCAGAUGGGCACAUCACCUCAAACCCAAGUAAAGGAACCAUAACUCCAACCUCCAACAAUGACUCGAGUGAGCCACAAGACAUAAGUCCUCCCCUCUCUCCUGUGUUUCUUACUAUCAGCUCAUCUUGUAUCUCUGUUCCAAAAUUCAGUGCAAGUACUUUUGUGGAAGACGCCGACAAAAAAAAAAAGAACCUGUGUGCUAAAUCCCUCUAUAUUUGCGUGUGAAGGGCACACCAGAGAAUGCUGUUCCCUAAAUUUGCUGAAUUUGUACAAAACAGCUAUAUGUAUCCGACAGAGUCUAACAUAAUCAGUCAUAUAUGUUUCACUGUUUCAGUGAAAAACAAAACAAAAACACUUGUGUGAGAUUGAGUAGCAGUAAUAAUAUUUAUGUACUAGCACUUCAUUAAAUUCCACCCCUUACAUGAUGCAUUUGGAUCAGGAAUUAUUUACUGUGUACAUAUUACUAAAGAUAAAUGCUUUGACAAAAAUGGCUAUAUUGGCAGAUAGACAAAUUACUUGCCGUGAUAUCUUACACAUUCCAUGACCUUCGCCCUCCACAAGUGCCCCAGUGGAUCUGAACACUUAGAAUGCACUCUGCGGCUUCCAUCUUAAGGAAAACGAAAAGAAAGAAGAAACGAGAAGAGAGAUGCUCAACUCCGUUCUCAGGGAAUCACUUAAAGAAACAAAACAGAAAAAAGAGUAGCAUAAGCAUUUAAGAUAUUGUAAAUAUGAAAGUGUCAAUUCAAAAAAUUGUAAAGUUAUAAUUAUUUAUGAGAACUGUAUGUUUUUUCUUUUCGGAUACUUGAAUUUGUUGGGCUGGGAAUGUAACAACCGUUAGAGGAAAGACUUCAGAAACAUUUCUCAGGUGUUCCUGUGUACAUUUCUGAUUUACUGUUUUAUUUGUAUCCUUUAUAUUAUAUAUUUUUUCUUUUGCAAGAGGAAGCAUGUAAAGCUUGAAGAAAGGAGAGGACAAAUGUUAUUGAACAGACUAUGCAGAACCACUUCUCGAAUUUUCCCUCUUCCCGAUCUUCCUCUGUCUUUUCCCCUUGGGGGUGUUCCUUGUUUGGCUCGAGUAAGGGUGCUCUCCCCAAAUGUAACAGUUUGUAUCUGUAAGUAAUCGGCACAAGCUGCAAGUUUGGAUGGACUUAGCCUUUGCUCUAUAUAUGACUCUACUUUGAAGCCUUUACUGAAAGCACUGCAUGUGUUUCAGGACAUUGUGUUGCCAAUGUCAAUGGAGUACAGCACAGAAAAUGGACCUACACCUUCAGAUUGCCCAAAUAAGGAAGAAGGGCAUCUGCUAUUGCUUUCCUUUGUGAUGACGUGUUCAACACACUUUAGGGUUGUGAUAUCCUGUAUUGGGGCUCAUUGAGGGUAGUAAGGUCUGUCUGUUUAGAGGUUGUGACUUACCAUAGCCUAAUUAAGACAUUGAUGUUUCAUUAAUGGUUAAAUCUUAAGGAGAUUUCUAAAAAUUGAUGGCUACGUUCGGCCGAUUUAAUUUAAAUAGUUUUCCAGUUUCAGUUUUGGUUGGCUUUGUUCACAGCAUUAGUUUCAAAGUUCAUACUAAUUGCCUCAACUGUGGCAUCCUCAAGUCACAUUAUGCAGCCUUUUUUCCUCAACCUGCUCAGUCAGGGAGAUCAAUGGAAGGACCUGAGAAAGUUCACAGAUUAGGGAAACUUUCCUUCUUUUUUUCAUUCAUCUGCAGGAUGAUCAUAGUGCUGCCUGUUUGAUUUAUAAAAAAAAAACACACACACACACACACACACACACACACACACACACACACAUAUAUAUAAACAAAGGAAAAAAAACAAGCAUUUUCUGUAGCUAACUAGUUCGUCCAAUGGCAUUGCAAAAAGAGAAUAACCUCCUCUGGCUUUUAAUUUCUCUCUCUGUAAUUUCUCAGUGUCUGUAUGUGUUAACUGUACCAGUGUUUUGAUCUGUCCCUAGAGUUUAGAAGGAAAAAAAAUAAUAAUCGCUGGUAGAGAUUGUUCACUAGUUCAUCUACUGUUUAAUUUUGUUUUGUUUUAAUUUAAGGGAAAGUGUUUGUCGCCUCUUUGUGCUACUGAAUUAUAAAAAGGUAUCCAGUAUUUGUUGCCACAAAAGUAUAGUUCAUCAACACUUUUUGUUUGUGCAACCUCUUGAGCUAAUGUCUAUAAACAAAAAUUUAUUACUAUUUAUGUAAUGCUACUACCAUUUUAUAUGAUUUGUGUUGAAUUUCAGUGCUUUUCUAUAAAUAAAGUGUGAAACACGUA